AAACUCUCAGGACGACAUCUUGUGGGCCUCAUUUCGACAGCUUGUGAGCAUUCACCACCGCCAUGCCUGGUCAUAUCGUGAAAAGCACGGGUCCCGACCCCGACCCCACCGAGUUCCUGUUCAUCUCGGCUGAACAGCGAAUGCUAGACCAGACCAAGCCUUAUGAUCCCAAGAAGUCUUGCUGGGUCCCUGACGAUAAGGAGGGCUUCGCCGAGGGCUUGAUCCAGGGCGCCAAGGGUGACAAACUAGUCAGCGUCCAGCUGAAGAGCGGUGAGGUCAAGGACUUCAAGAAGGAAACUGUGGUUCAGGUCAACCCUCCCAAGUACGAAAAGUGCGAAGAUGUGUCCAACUUGACCUUCCUCAAUGAUGCUUCUGUCCUGUACAACUUGAAGAGCCGUUACCAGGCCAAGCUCAUCUACACCUACUCUGGCCUCUUCUGCAUCGCCAUCAACCCCUACAAGCGUUACCCCAUCUACACCAACCGUGUCGUCAAGAUCUACCAGGGCAAGAGGCGUAAUGAGGUGCCUCCCCAUCUCUUCGCCAUUUCUGAAGGCGCCUACAUGGAUAUAAUUCAGUCCGGCACGAACCAGUCGAUACGUAUUACUCUCAUGAUUCUCACUCAAAUCGGUGAGUCUGGUAUUGGCAAGACUGAGAACACGAAGAAAGUGCUGUCCUACUUCGCCAACGUCGGCGCCACGUGAAGGAGGAUGAAAAGAAUAAGCAGAACUUGGAGGAGCAGAUCGUGCAGACCAAUCCUUCGCUGGAGGCCCAUGGUAACGCCAAGACCACCCGUAACGACAACUGCUCUCGCUUCGUACUGCAGCUGAUAUAUAACACAAGCAACAAAGGCCAGGCUGACCAGAAGCCCUCCUGCCGGUGGAAGGGAUAGUGGUGUGCAGCGUGGUGGUGU